AGCUGUUUUCAGAAAUGGAAAAAGAGAGGUUAUGUGCAUCCUAUAACAGUUUAUUUUAUUGAGUUAGUUUUGAUUCCGCAAUCAAUCAAUAUUCACUUUUAAUCAAGAAAUUCAUAGAACCUUAAAUCAAUGAUAAAUUUUAAUAAUUUAUCAUGCCUAUACUAAGGAUGAUUUUGUUAUAUCCUUUCAACUUGAGCUUGGGGAGAGAAAACCCAAUUUGAAGUGUCAUUCAAUUGAAAUUUACAAAUUGAAAAAGCAUUCUUUUGAAAACAGAGAUAUAAUUAGCUUAUCAUAACUGAUAGUAGAGUCUAUUUCAUGCUAUUACCAUACAGGUUCAGUACAAAGUGUUUAUUGAAAAUUUGUAAUGAAGAAUAAUUCUAGCCUAGGCCUACAUUAAAUUCAUGGUGUUUCUUUGCAAUCCUAAGUUUUAAAGUGAUCUAUUUUGAUGAACUUUGACUUCAAUGUUACCUCGAAAAAAGAGACCAUUUGUGAAAUUUGCACUGCUCUUCCUGUGUGGAGUGGUCGUUUAUAACGAAUGGUUUGUGUACAUGCUGAGCGCGUGGACAUGGCCAAAAAUGGACUGUGGAGAUAUGAAAGAGUUCUACAAGGUUCUACUUGUGGCAGAUCCGCAGAUUCUAGGGGAAAACUCUGAACCAUGGAUAGCACGUUGGGACAAUGACAGGUACCUGUUCAAGACAUUUUCCUCAGCGUUCCAUCAUGUAAAACCAAACAUAAUCAUUUUUCUCGGGGACUUGAUGGAUGAAGGAAGCACUGCGAGUCCUGACCAGUAUGAUAGAUAUAUGGAACGUUUUGCUCAUAUAUUUUCGUUGAAAUCGAUUCCGUCUAACAUGACAAUAUUCCUCCCAGGAGACAAUGAUAUAGGGGGUGAAGAUGAGCAAGUGACUAGAUUUAAAGUAGACCGCUUUAACAGUCACUUCAAUCAACCUAGCAUUUUCACUCUGGAUAAUAUCGAAUUUAUCAAGGUUAACAAAUUGCAACACGAGUUUCCCAGAUAUCACAGAUUGUCUGAUGAUAAGAUAAGGAUACUUCUGUCACAUAUUCCUCUCCUAGGCCUGCCGAGUGGAUUUUCAGCAGAAGCAGUGGUGAAACUGCGUCCGCAUAUGAUCUUCUCGGCGCACGAUCACAAGUCAGUGCACUUUGCGGGGGACAUGAGCACGGGGGAACGCACCCUGGUGGAGCCCCUCAGCUUCAACUACUGGAGUGACUCAUGGCCCACCACUUGGCGCUACCAGCUCACCACUCACCUAGUCAACGAAGUGGUUGUGCCUACCUGCUCCUAUCGCAUGGGCACGCUCAGCAUGGGCUAUGGAGCGGCUGUCAUAGAUAAAAAAGGAGAUACUCUAUGCUACAGUGUCUUGGUUCUGCCUUCGAGGUUUCAUCUGAUAUUCCUCUACAUAUUAGCCAUAAGCAUCAUAUCCAUUGUGAUUUUCUUUAAUUUCUGUUUCUCUGUGUGUUGCUUAUGCUGUUCACGUCUCAGCUACGAAAAUUCUAGACUUAUGACUUCUAGAAGCCAGCUCAAAGUGUAAACUUUACACGUAAAGUGUUAACUUCAAUGCUGUAAUUCUCAAUCAUCAUCACCAUAAAUAGCGUAGUGUUAAGAUGAAAAGAAAAGAACAAUAAAAAUCAUAAAGUAGGCUACCCUUCAAUAUUUCAAUGCAUUACAUGUUCCAACUCAUGAUAUUAAUUUGUUAUAAUUGUAUAUCUUUAAUUCAUAUCAAUUCAAAUGGCUGAUAUGAGUCGAAGUAUUUUGUGCAUCAAUAAAAUAUAGAAGGGUACUGAAAGAUUUUCAUCAUGGUUGUAGCCCUAUAAAGGAAAAGUGAGUAUAGAUGGAAAUUGAUAUGAUAUUGCUUUUGAUCAAAUGCUAAUGAAUA